UUCUGCAACUUCAUCCCUGUUUGUAUAUUUCAAAAAGAAAAAGAGUAAUCAAAACACUCGUUUGCAAAAACUGGUAGAAAAACGCCUGGAAAUGAAGAAAGACCCAGAAAAAGCGUUCAGUUGUAGUUUGGACGAGUGCUUAACCAUGGCCGAGUCCAGCGACGUCCAAGAACUGCUCAAUCAGCUUAAACUGAAAACCAGUUACUACCAAGAGGAAACGGCGAAAAUGGAGUCGGUUUUUCUAAAACUGGGUCUGAUUGAUGAACAACUAAAAAUGUUUGAGGAAUGUGUGGAGCUCACGGAGAAACUAAAUCAGCUGCAGCAGCAGUUUGAUUUGAAGGAAGUGACACCUACUUCUGUAGCGCUAUCACACGCUGAUAAAUUGAGAAAACACAACAAUUACGCGGUUAAAAUAAAAAUCUGUAUUAAGAUGUAUAUGGAAUUAAAUGAGGCGUUGUUGAAGAAAGUGAAACACUUGAAAAGUUACCAAGAGCAAGUGGAAAUAAGUGUCAAUGAAAUGGCAGCGGCACCACACAAUUCUAACGUCAACAUGACCAUAACCUCACUAGGACCAGAAGAUGAACUGAAAAUCAUUGAAAAGAAAAUCAGUAGAUAUGAACACGAAUUAACCAAACUAGAGAAAAAGUACCCGUGGUUAAAAAAUAAUGACUACAGUUUGCCCAAUAUAUCAAAGGAGAUUAAUUUAUUGAUAAUGGCAAGGACACAGAAGGAGGAAUUAGUUGAAGAAUUGAGUCGUUAUCAUGGUUUAAAACCAAAUUUACACGAGGCGAGUGAACAGCUGGCACAAAUGAAGGUCGAAUAUGAACAAAUGAAUGCAAAGCUGUCGUCGAAAUAAAUAUUUUUAUUUUUUAAUGUACUGUAUAUGUAAUCAUUAAAUAUUUUUUUCUGA